GUGAGAGACAGGAAGACUACACAGAUGAGAUCAACCGUCGUCGUCGUCCUGAAUGAAGAUAAAGUCCGGUUGCUCGAUGCUUGUGAAGCCGGAGGAUUGCUGACUAAGCCAGCCUCUAGCAAUCACGAUGUUCACCGCCGACUGCGACUGCCAGCAAUCCUACUCCUUCCAGCCCUCCGCUCCCUAUAAUUCCAAUGCUUGCAACGCUGCGGAAAGCCGGCUCGUUGGCUCGCGCCACAUCUGCGGGUCAGAGGCGCUUCCUCUCCAUUCACGAAUACCAGUCCGUCAAGUUGCUCAACUCGUAUGGUAUACCCACACCUAAAAGCAUCGCUGCGAAGACCCCCGAGGAGGCUUAUGAGGCCGCGAAGCAACUCAGCUCCACUGGCAGUGUAAUUAAGGCUCAGGUCCUUGCAGGUGGUCGAGGAAAGGGCCACUUCGACAAUGGCUUGAAGGGCGGUGUUCAUGUCAUCGAAACCCCGGAGCAGGCCAAAGCGUUAGCGAGCAAGAUGAUCGGAGCAAAGCUCAUCACCAAGCAAACUGGUGCAGCCGGACGGAUCUGCAACGCUGUCAUGUUGGCCGAGCGACGGGACCCGUCCCACGAAUACUACAUCGCGGUCCUCAACGACCGGAACGUCGGCGGUCCUGUCCUCGUUGCAUCUGCUCAGGGUGGCAUGAACAUUGAGGAGGUCGCUGCCAAGGAUCCGAACGCCAUCAUUACCACACCUAUCGACUUCGAGAACGGUCUUAGCAAGUCUGAGGCUCUCGACCUCGCGAAGAAGUUGGGCUUCAAGACCGAGGGCGCGCAGAACGAGGCCGCGGACAUUUUCAUCCGCCUGUACAAGAUAUUCAAGGAGAAGGAUGCGACCCAGAUUGAGAUCAACCCGUUGGGCGAGACUGCAGACGGCCAUGUUCUUUGCAUGGACGCCAAGUUCGGCUUUGACGACAACGCUGACUUCCGUCAGAAGGACGUAUUCGCGCUCCGUGACAUUUCGCAGGAGGAACCUUCCGAGGUCGAGGCGCAGAAGUACAACCUCAACUUCAUCAAGUUGGAUGGCAGCGUCGGCUGCCUGGUCAACGGUGCCGGUCUUGCUAUGGCCACCAUGGACGUCCUUGCCUUGCAUGGCGGGAAUCCCGCUAACUUCCUUGAUGUCGGUGGAGGUGCUACUCCCGAGACUGUCAAGAAAGCGUUCGAGAUCAUUGUUGCCGACCCCAAGGUGAAGAGUAUCUUCAUCAACAUUUUCGGCGGUAUCAUGCGCUGCGACUACAUUGCCGAGGGUGUCAUCAACGCUGCUAAGGAGCUGUCCCUCAAGGUUCCCCUCAUUGUACGACUCAAGGGCACCAAGGAGGCGGAAGCGAAGGAGAUGAUCAGCCAGUCCGGUCUCAAGAUAAUUCCCUUCGACGAUCUUGAUGAGGCAGCGCACAACGCUGUCAAGCUUGCUGUUUGAGCUCAUAUCCCCUCGUAGACUACUCUACUGGAUUUUUAUGUUUCACUAGAUGUAUUCAAUGAGCUGAUAAUCGCAGUCGG